AUGUUCUUCCUCCGCUAUCUAGAACGUGAAAUCAGUAUCCAUCCUUCCUUCUUUGGUAACAAUGUGAAUGAGAGGCUCAAAGAUCAGCUUUACGCAGAUCUCGAGGGUAGCUGCAAUGGAGAAUAUUACAUUGUCUGCAUCAUGGACAUCUACAAUAUCUCUCCGGGCAGAGUGAGGCCAGGGUCGGGCGAGGCGCACUUUACCAUCCUCUACCGUGCGAUUCUGUGGAAGCCGUUCAAGGGCGAGACCAUCGAUUGUGCUGUGUCAUCCAUUAAACCGCAAGGCGUCUUCUGUGAAGCUGGGCCGCUGACUGUUUUCGUCUCUAAACUGCAUCUUCCUCAAGACAUGCGACACAACCCAGACGCGACCCCUCCCCAAUACUCGAAUGGGUCGGGCGAUGUUAUUGAAAAGGGUUCCGCAGUGAGAGUGCAACUCAUCGGCCUGCGUAGCGAUGUGGGUAACAUGUACGCUAUUGGAAAAAUGUCGUCUGCAUGGUUUGGGUGA